AUGGAGUCCCUAUCUCCGAGGCUAGAGACAAGCCAGUCAUUACUUUUUUCAAGAGCGUCCACUGUCCUCUAGAUCUACACUUUUAUCAUCUGGAUCAUUGGUGUUAUUCAUUUUGCUGUUGGCAUUUGGGGAAAGAUGAACCUGGAAGAUUAUUUUCCUCUUAAAUGAGAGGGCCCUAAUGUCCCCUUCGUGCUCAUUGGCACUUGUGCUGUUAUUAUUUUAGGACAUUUUGGCUACUUUGCCACUUGCCAAGCUUCUGCAUGGAUGCUGAAACUUUAUGCCAUGUUUUUGACUAAUUUUUUGGUUGAAUUGGCUGUUGCCAUCUUAGAAUUUGUAUUAAGAUAUGAGAUUAAGAAUAAUAUUAAGAGUAACUAUGAAAAGGCUUUGAAACAGUAUAUUACUACAGGAUAUUAUAAAAGUGAAACAGUAGACAAGAUCCAGAAUAUAUUGCACUGUGGCAGUGUGAACAACUAUACUGAUAGAAAGGAUACUAAUUAUUACUCAAAAAAUAAAAAAGGAUUUUCUAAGAGUUGCUGCAAAAUUGAAGCUUGUUCUUCACAUAAAGAUGUAAAUUUAAUAGUGAAGUAA